AUGAAAUAUACCGAAAAAAAAGCUUAUGAAAAGUUAAUAGAAGAAUUAAAAAAUGAAUUUCCCUUUUUUAAAAAGUAUAACGCAGAUUUUUUUUUUAAUAAAAAAAAUGAGGAAUUAAAAAAGGGAGAUAAUUUUCAAAGUUUCUUUAAAAAUAAGGAACAUAAAAAUGAUGUGAAGGAAUAUAGCAAUUUUUUAGUAGAAGAAAUGGAAAAAUCUUUUAAUAUUUUAGAAAAAAAUAAUUCAAUUAAUAAUUUAUGUAAUAUAUUUUUAAGAAAUUUUGAUAAUUCUACUAAUGACUAUUAUGAUUAUAUCAAUAGUAAUUAUGUAAGUUCUAGAACUGUAAAAAAAGUUAUGAAAAAUUAUAUUAAAAGAGAUUCAUUGAACAACGAAAGUGUUAAAAUAAAUAACAUGAAAAUGAAAAAAAUAGGUAAUGAAAUAAAUAAUAAUAAUAAUAAAAAUAUAGCAAUAAAUUCCCAUAAAAUAAAAAAAACAGACAGUUAUAUUAUGAAAAAUCCUAAAAUAAAAGAAAAUAAAUUACAAAUUAAUAAGCAAAAAAAAAAAAGUGAAGAAAAUAAUAGUGAUAGUUCUGAAGAAAAAUGUGAAAUUAAAAAUUCUUUUGAAGAUGAAAUCAAGAAUAAUGAUGUAGGAUUUUGUGACAUAUCUUUUAUUCCUUUUACUAAUAAUUAUUUUCAUAUAAAUUAUGGCUGCUUUAACUUAAAUUUAUACAACGAAAAUUUAAAUAGUGUUUUUAUGAUUGAAAAUAUGAAAAAAGACAAAGAUGGAUUAGCAAAGUAUAAAAGAUCAAUAAUAUUUGGAGAUUUAGGAAAAGAAAAUUUUUUGAAAAACAUAAAAAAACAUUCUAUCGUUAGAGGAUGGAUUUAUAAAUAUGAUUCAGUAUAUAAAUGUUUUUUUGUUAGAAUUUUUUCUAUUAGAAAUGUGUGUAAUAAUGAAAAGAAAGCUGAAAUAAUAAAAAAGAAUAGAAAAAAUGAUAACUGUAUUUAUGCUUGUUUGCCAUUUCAAUUCAUAAAUAAAUAUGAAUUUGUAAAUAGUUUAAGUAUAGAUGGUCUUCCUUUUCAUGAUUUAGAAAAAUUUAUAGGUAUGAAUAUAUGUGGAGAGGUAUUUGAUGAUAAAAAAUAUAUAUAUGCACAUUUUAAAGAUAUUUUUUAUAAAUGUAAUUUUCAUUUUUUUAUAACUUUUAACUCAAAAUAUUAUUGUAAUAAUGAUAAAUUUGGUUUUAUAUCAAAUCAUUUAAAUGGUGAUAUUUUCAAAAAAAAAAAUAAAUAUAAUGAUUAUUUAUUAAAUUAUUUUAAUAUAUUACUAUUCUCAUGUAAAAAGUUUCAAAAUUUAGAAAAUUUAAACUAUAAAGGUAAAUAUCUUUUGUUAAAUGUAUCUCAGAUGCCAUCAUUAAUUAAAUUUAAUUUUAGAAAUAAUAUUUGUCAGAUGCAUAUAGGAAAUAUAAUUACAAAAAAACAAAAUUUAAUAUGGUCAAAUGAAAAAUUUAUUGAGGCAUUUGAGAUUUAUAAGCACAAUAGUGAAUAUUAUAACUUUUUAAAAAAUUACUUUUAUUUAGAUUCUUUUACGAAAAAUUGUAAAUAUAUAUAUGUAUAUGAAGAAGAUAAAUUUAUAAUUGAAAAUGAUUUUAUGGAAAAAAUAGAAGAUGUAAAAAAACACAUAAGGAAAACAAAUAAAAACAACAAUGAAAAAAAAAAUAAUUUAGAAAAUAAGGAAUUCUUUAAUAUCGAAAAUUCCUAUAUAAAAAAAACAGAUAAGGAGGAAUUCAUUAAAAACUAUAAUGAGUAUUAUUUAGCUUUAGAUGAUAAAGAAAAAUAUAUUAUUAAAAAUAUAAUAUUUUUAAAUGCAAAUUUGUAUAAAAAAAAAUGGAUAUAUGAUUUCUUUAAUUGUAUCAAAUUAACUAUAAAUUUAAAUAAUCAGAAUGUUUUAGCAAAUUUUUUGCUAAGUUUAGUAUUACUAGAAUUAAGCUGUUAUACGGAAUCUUUUCUAUUCCUUUUCAGAAUUUUUAAAAUAAAAAAAGUAUUUUUAGAUAGCUAUAAGUUAAAAAAAAUUAUUUGUAGUAUUUUUAUAAAGCAAUUAAAAAAAUAUAUAAAUAAAGAAAAUAUAUGGAAUGUUAUAAUAAAUUUUCAAAAUUAUGAUUUGUUUAAUAUGAGAGAAGAUAAUUGCGAAGAAUAUUGUAGAAAUAUAUUUAAAAGAAAUAUAAAUAUAAUUAAUACUCUUGAAAAAAUGUAA